UGUCACUGACAGGGGACACGCCCCCACUUUGUCAGCAUGAGACAAAAAUGAAGAUUUUAAGGGUCUGGAACUUGGCACACAGGAGGGAGGGAGUUCCCGUCACUGGGAGGCAGCAAGCAAGUGGUAGCUAUGGUGGGGUUCUGGCUUAGGACCCUGAGGACUGCCCCCCCCCACCCCCCCAGGCCCCUGCCAGGCUGCCUGCCCGCUCUGGCCAGCUCCCAUGUGAAGAGGUUCUCAGCCUCGAAGAGGAAGCAGCAUUUUAUCAAUCAGGCUGUGCGCAACUCAGACCUUGUUCCCAAGGCCAAGGGCCGGAAGAGCCUCCAGCGCUUGGAGAACACCCAGUACCUCUUGACGCUGCUGGAGUCUGACGGGGGUACCCCUGGCCUAGAGGAGGGGGACCUGGUACCCCCUGCAGCCCCCGGAAUCUUCGCUGAGGCCUGCAACAAUGAGACCUAUGUCAAGGUCUGGAACGACUUCAUGAACCGCUCCGGGGAGGAGCAGGAGCGGGUGCUGCACUACCUGGAGGAAGAGGCUAGGAGCAAGGCGCAGCAGAGGAAGAGGGGGCCCUGCCGUGGGGAGGAGCGGCGAGAGGACCCAACCGACCGCCCACGGGAGUGCUUCCAGCGCAUCAGCAGGCGCUUGCGCGCCAUCCUCAAGCGGAGCCGCAUCCCCAUGGAGACGCUGGAGACCUGGGAGGAACGUCUACUGAGUUUCUUCUCAGUGUCCCCCCAGGCGGUCUAUACGGCCAUGCUGGACAGCAGCUUCGAGCGGCUCCUGCUGCACGCGGUCUGCCAGUACAUGGACCUCAUCUCAGCCAGUGCGGACCUGGAGGGCAAGCGACAGAUGAAAGUCAGCAACCGACACCUGGACUUUCUGCCGCCUGGACUGCUCCUGUCGGCCUACUUGGAGCAGCGCAGCUGAUGGCGGCCCCCCACUCCCACCCCUCCGGGCCCAGCCCGCCCCCUGCUGAAAUGAUUCUGCCCUUGUUUUAGAAUUCAUCCCGGAAUCCCGCCCUCCUCACCCUGCCCGACCCCCACCAGCUCUCUUCCAUAAGGGCUAGUGGCUGGACCUAGCCCCCCAGCGCACCCCCUUCCCAGUGGCCCUGGAGCUGCCUGCUCCGACACUCGGAUUUGGGGGGAGACCUGGCCUGGACACCUCCGAGUUACUUCUCUGCUUGGCUUCUUCCCGAAGUCCGGGCGAGGAGGGAGAUGCUGGGUUUUUAAAAAUCCCUUUUAAGGAUUUUGACGUGAUUUGUUGUAGAUUUUAAAUUUCCCGUCUCGGCGGGAGGGCUGAAACUCUGCCCACCCCCAACCCCCAGAAACCUGGAGGGGCUCCAUCCAGCCCCCACCCAGCUUUGUUGGGGUUGAGGGCUAUGGGGCCCCACACCUUGCUGCCCCAGGAGCAUGUCUCAUGUUUGUGCGCGUGCGUGUGCGUGUGCGCAUGUGCCCCGAAACCCAGGCCUGGAGCUGCGCAGUAAGGGCUGGUCCACCCUCUUUUUGGAGCGCGCCUGCCUGGUGCCUUCUGGUAGAUGUGGUUUGCUCGUGUGGCGUGGGGGCAUCUUUAGUGCCCCACCCUCACACCCCUGCCCCCACCUCCUUCCCCCUCCCUUACUGGGGCCCCGGACUUCCAGCCAGAAGCUCCGCCCCCAGAAAACCCUGUCCCUGUCCACAUCCCCUCUGCCUCCCAGCCUGGCGCGGCCUGAGGUCUUUGCCCUGAGCUGAAAGAGCAGGGCUGGGGACCACCCUCCCACCCCCCACCCCCCGCGCGCGUGCGUA